UUGUCCAACACCACCGCUGACACCACUAGCCAUCUAAGUUUUGCCUCGAAAUCUGGAAAAUCACCUAACAAAAGUCAUGUCUAGGCUUCAACUCCUAGAACAUCCGAUGCAGCCAUGGCUGCUCUUCGCUUCGUUUCCGUCCUCACCCUUAGCCUCACGUACCUUCCUUCACUCCACACGAUCGCAUCCUCUCGAAAAUUUGGUCGAGGUAUCUCAUCACAAAAAAGUAAGGUCCCAAAACCCACCCGUAACUGUCCCACAGGACUCUUUUGCAACGGUUCCGGGACACAGACGUUAGGUCAGUUCAGGGACCAAAGGAAGGACAGGCUCGCUCUUGUCGGGAGGGACAGCCAGGGGACAUUUGCGGGACAGGUACAUGCCAGGCGAGGGAUUGCCGGAGGCCACCUGUAGGUCAUAUGAGAGACACUUACAGGACAAAACCCACCACAGUACAUCCUAUAUUUAGUAGGGUCCAGUUUGCUAUACAAUGAUAUAGGCAUGUACCAUUUUAACUAUAAUAUGGCA